CGUUUCUCUCUUCGGCCCGCCAAGUUCAAUCCGUAUUUACUGCCCCUGCUUCUCUCGGGAAGGUGCGGGUUUCUCUGCCGCAGCCUCUCUCGCCCCGUGACCUUCAGGUACUGCAAGACCUGUCAGCAGGAUGCCAGGACAACACGGAAGCCGGGGAAGGGAACUGUUGACAUUCAGGGAUGUGGCCAUAGAAUUCUCUUCAGAGGAGUGGGAAUACCUGGACCUUGCUCAGCGGGAUUUGUAUAGGGAUGUGAUGUUAGAGACCUACAGAAACCUGGUCUCUGUGGAACUUGCUGUCUCUAAGCUGGACCUGGUCACCUUUUUGAAACAAAUGAAAGAGCCCUGGAAUGUGGAGAGAGAGGAAACAGUAGCCAAACACCCAGCACUACAUAUUAAAGGAAGCAAUAAGCAGGCUUUUCAAAGCCCCAGAGAAACCCAGGACAUUCGAUAUGGGAUUGGAUUAAGUGUUCAGUCAAAUAUUUCUGAAGAUCUGAGAUUGAAAAUUGAAGAGGAUAUUUCUAAAUGUGGUCAAUUGGAUGAGUCUUUCAUUCAAACUUUAUUAUUCUUCCACCAACCAAUAAUAUCAUCAAAUGCCAAAAUUCACAACUAUGAUCAGUAUAGUAAGGUGUUAACCCAAUCAUUAUUGCUUAAUCAAUACCAGGGAAUAAAUAAUCGGGACAAACAUUAUAUCUGCAAAAAAACUUUGAUGUCCUUUGUCCAGAAGUUUACCCUAAAUAACUACCAGAAUAUUUAUAUUGAUGAAAGAAAUUGUCAAUGCAAUAAACCUGAAAAAAACUUGAGCCAAGUCUCAUGCUCUAGAAAAUAUCAGAAAGGUCACUAUCCAGAGAUUCAGUGCAAAUGUAAAACAUGUGAGAAAGUUUUUUAUCAAUGUUUAAAGGGUAUUAGCCAUGAGGAUACCCAUCUUCAAGGGUAUUCCUACAAAUGUAAUGAAUGCGUAGAAGCUUUUGCCCAGUCAGGAAAACAUUCUGAACAUCAGGGAAUUCAUACUGAAGAAAACUCAUGCAGAUAUAAUAAAUGUGAGAAAGUCUUUAGUCAGUCAUCCAAUUUAAGAAAACAGAACAUAAUCCAUUCUGAAGAUAACCUCUCCAGUAAAGAAUGUGGCAAAAGCUUUAACCAAAGGUCACAGCUUAAACACCAGAAAAUUUAUGCUAAGAAGAAAUCCUACAAAUGUAAAGAAUGUGGAAAAGCCUUUACUCAGUUUUCAAUCCUUAGACAACAUGAGAUAGUUCAUACUGGAGAAAAACCCCACAAAUGUAAUGAAUGUGGCAAAGCUUUUAACUGUAGUUCACACCUUAUUCGACAUCAAAGAAUUCAUACUGGAGAAAAACCCUACAAAUGUGAAGAAUGUGGCAUGUCCUUUUCCCAGUCAGGAAACCUUAUGAAGCAUCAAAGAAUUCAUACCGGAGAGAAACCCUACAAAUGUAAAGAAUGUGGCAUGUUCUUUGCUCAAUUUUCAAGCCUGAGACAACAUCAGAGAAUUCAUACUGGAGAGAAACCCUACAAAUGUGAAGACUGUGGCAAAGCUUUCAACAGAAACUCAAACCUUACUGAACACCGGAUCAUUCAUACUGGAGAGAAACGCUACAGAUGUGAAGAAUGUGGCAGAGGCUUUUACCGUAUUUCACAACUUACUCAACAUCAGAGAAUUCAUACUGGAGAGAAACCCUACAAAUGUGAAGAAUGUGGCAAAGCCUUCAGGUGUCGUUCAAGCCUUAUUGAACAUCAGAGAAUUCAUACUGGAGAGAAACCCUAUAAAUGUGAAAAAUGUGGCAAAGCUUUUAGCUGUCAUUCAACCCUUACUCGACAUCUGAAAAUUCAUACUGGAGAAAAACCCUUUAAUUGUGAAGAAUGUGGCAAAGCAUUUAACUGUCGUUCGACCCUUAAUCGACAUCAGAAAAUUCAUAAUGGAUAGAAACCCUGCACAUGUGAAGAAAGUGGCAAAGCCUUUAACCAUAGUUCAUACUUUACUCAACAUAAGAGAAUCCAUAGUACAGAAACACUAUAGAUGUAAUACAUGUGAAAAGAGUUUUAUCCCAGAUAUAAAACUUUGAAAUCACCAGAGAGUUCAUAGAGAAAGAAAUCGUAUGGGAGCAAUAAAUUUGAGGAAUAACCAAAACUUAAGUAUAAGUGCAUCAGGGUAUUCAUACAAGUAAAAACUAAAGAACACUUUCAGAUUUUACUGUAAUCCAGAGUAUUUAUUGUAGAGAACAAUGUGAAGUCAAAGCAAUUAGAUAAUUGAUCUGAUCAUAUUUUUUGAGAAGAGCAAGAACAUUGAUGUUUGGACAGGUGCAAUUAUAUUCCCUUUUUUUUUUUAAGCACCUCCGCCCACAGGUGCAAUUAUAUUCCAUGUGUACUUUGUAUUACAGUAUUUGAAAUUUUUGGAAAGCUAUUAAUAAUAUUGAUACAAUUCAGUUCUCAAAUUAGUUGAUGCUAUACCAUCCUUAAUGUUUAUAUGAAAAUAUAUGAUUUGUUAUUAUUCUUCAUUACUCUUCAUUAGAGCUAUGAGAGGCCAUUUAAUAUUAGAUGAAUGAGAUUAAUAUUUAUUGUUGCAUGAAAAAUUAAUGGCAAAUGUAAAAUACAUUAAGAAAAUCUAAAGAAAGACGCUUUUUGUGUUUGAGUCAUGAAACAAUGAGGCAUGUAAGCAUACUAUAUGUGAUCAGGGAAUUUUUCUUCUGUAUUAAGUAGGAAAGCCUAUCAAUCAGUUAAAGUACUGACAUAUCUUUUUAUUAGAAUGAAAUAGAAGUCUUGAAUGUUAUUCGAUGUGAAUAGAGGAUGUAGAAAUCUUGAAUGUUCUUUGAUAUAAUAGAAAUAAAAAUGUUUUUACAGAUAUCAGAUGACAGUGAAAAUAACUCCUAUCUGAAAGGUUGGAUAUAUAGUCAAAUCAAUGUGCACUAAAUAAUUGGCCUUAAUCUUUAAGAUUAAAGAAAGCAUAAGAUCACCAUACUAGACAGAAAAUAAUGCUUCUUGAGUGCUUCUGACCAAGGAGCAUAUGGUGGAUUUCAAAAUGCUUUAUUUAGGGUAUGGGUUAAUACUAAAUGGUUUUUAAUGUUUUAACACUGAUGUGCAAUGAAUGAAAUAUUCUGACACCUGUGUUAAACUAUCUUAUCCAGAUUGUAGUUAACAGAUGAAAAUAAUGUUCCAUUUGGGUAACACAGUGGAAUAACUUCUUUAAUAAUCCCCUUUAUCUGAAGACUUAAACUUUCAAUAAUUUGGAGAAUAUUGUUCUCACAGUUACUAUUUUGUGUCCUUCUCUCUUUUCUGUAACUAUCGGGAUGUUGAUGUGGUUAUAAUAAAGAUUAUAUGGGAGUAUAAUUUGUAGCCAUACCUUAAUAUUCUACAUCAGUAUUCAUGAAGUUUUACCCAAUAUUUUUUCUUUGCACAAGGCCCUUUUCUGGGCCAGUCAAACACAUAGAAAUAAUUUAUGUUUAGUGCAAUAUACAAUGAUAUAUCAAGCUAAAAGUAAACUUUGUGUGUGAGAACUAUAGAGGAAAAUGUGCAUGUGUAUACCGAUCUUCAGAAGUAAGUGGAAAUAGUGGAUCAAAACAAAUCAUUUCAAAAGAGGUGAUGAUUUACAAGCAAACUAGGGCUUACGAAUUCUCAAAGCAAACUUAGUUUCUCUACGGUACAUUAAAUUUAUUUCUUAAAAAUC